AUGCCGGAGGAGAGUCAUGUUGUGACUGGCCAUGUUAAACUGAAGGACGUGACUGCAGUUCCUUUGAUCUCAACUCUUGCAGGAGACGUUGGGAUGAAGCUGUUCCUGUGCCUGAUCCUGUUUGUCUGUGUACAUCACGUUUGGUCAGACUGUGCCCAGCGCUGUGUUGUGACCGGACUGCUAGGUGGUCAAGCAACGCUACCCUGCACCUAUAAGGAAAAAGGAAGUUUCCCGCUCUCAUCUGUCCGUCUAUAUUGGCAAACGGAUCAGAAAGAGCUGGUCUAUGGAUAUUACAAUAGCCAAAGCGAUGAAACUCACCAGAAACACCAGUACAAGGGGAGAGUGAUAGUCUUCGAGACUGAGGUACAGAGUGGAAAUCUCUCUCUCCAGAUUCACAAUCUCACCAUUAAUGAUGAAAAGAACUACUUCUGCUACUUCUUUGUCAACACUAAGAAGGUCCUUGAGUGUCAUGUCCAACUGCAGAUAGCUGCUCGCUUCAGUCGCCCAGUGAUAUUGGGACCACAACAGGAAGCUAUUCGACCAGGUGAGGAAGUGAACCUCACCUGCCAAUCCUCAGGCGGGUACCCGAAGCCACUUGUUAAUUGGACGGACGCCGGGGGCAACUUGCUGCCUGGACAAAGCCAGGUGGACACAACAAUGCAGCCUGACCCAGUCAGCGGCCUCUGGAAUGUGACGAGUGUCCUGCGAGUGAAUGUAACUGUUACCUCCACCUUCCUCUGUUCCAUCUUCAACAUUUGGACACAGGAGAAACAGGAUUCAGAAGUGUCAAACAUUACACUCAAUACCAAGCCUUAUCCACAGACAGGAGCUGCUCAUGCACACUAUCUCAUCGCCAUCUAUGUGCUGAUCGCUGCUUUUUUAUGUCUGGUUGUUGUGGCAAUCAUUGUCUUUUCAAGAAAACGACAUAAGAGUUUUUACAGGGGUGUGGCCACAGCAGAUGGAGGAACAAACCGAACCGGGAUUUACAACACUUCAACAGAGACGUGCAACCUUUAAGGCAGCGAGAGGUUGGCCGACGCCGGGAGGGGAGGCAGGAGGACCAGCCUGGCCCAGUGAGUGCCUCCUCAGGAGGAGGAGGAGGAGGAGGAGGAGGACGAGGAGGAGGUGCCUCCCAGCAGGGGGCAGCAGCUCCGCCUGAAGGGGACAGAAAUGGAGGAGCCUCCAACAGCUAGGUAGACGAAGCAAUGGAGGUUCCUCGCCCGGACCGGCUAACGUUGAGAAGAGAGGGCAAGGCCAGCAAGGAAAGAGAGAGAGUCUACCUUUCUCCAACCCCCUUUUCACCACCUCAGCCCGUCCCAGAGUGCUUUGCGGCCGAUGGACUAUGGUCAGGUUGAAGCGCGCUCGCCGCUGUGAUGCCAGCUGCGCACAGCAAGAUCCCACCGACAGCAACAUGAUAACGGCCCAGAUCACCUGCUUUCCUUUCUCGUGCUGGUGGCUGAGGGAUAAAUAUCGGCCCCAGGACAACCGGGGAGAACUCCACCCCCCCACCCUGCUCUUCAGCUAAAUAGCGGCCAUGGGAUCUUUCACACCCGCCCGAGAGGGCAGACGGG